AUUUCAUACACCUUGAUGUUUGCAGCAAUAGAAGUAAAGACUUCUAUACUUUAAACUCCCUGAAGAUGUCGUCAAACACAUAUGUAAAUUCAGUAUCCCAAUAGAAGGUUCAGAUGUAACCACCUCAAAGACCCCCUACAAUGUCUCAAGCACUGCAACCUGCUCAGGACGUUGGUCGACUGAUCAACCUGGUGCCCGUGGGUCUUAAAGAGGCAGCGAUUGACUCCCCUACGGCACGAGCGACAGUUAUCCAUUAUGGGGAGCAAUUGGAUUUGCUGGAACGCUGGCUCGAUGACUACAUGAAGGCAUCAAAUCGACUUGUUGCUGAGUCUCUGACCCUCGAAAAUGUUGUCAAUAGCUUCAUCUCCCACUCUGUCCUUCCGACCACGAUAUCCGAAUCAAUGUUGGAUCAUGACUACUGCGUGUUGGCUAUGAAAAGAUAUGGAGAGGGGGCGAAAGACUACUGGAUGAGUAUGGUGGGUGUGGUUAAGAGAUUGAACACAAUGGUUGCGGAUCCAAUAAGACAAUUCCUGGCGAAUGAUCUGAAAUCGUUCAAAGAAGCUCGGCGGACAGUAGAAGCUUCACAAAAGACAUUUGAACAUCUACAAUCCAAGUAUGCAGGGCUUGCAAAGACCAAAGAGCCGUCGUCGAUAAGAGAGGAUGCUUUUCAACUACACGAGGCACGAAAGUUGUACCUCAAAGCCAUAAUGGACUUUUUCAGUCUAGCGCCACAAUUCAGAUUCUCUUUGGACAAGUUGUUGGUCAAGGUAUUCUUCGAGCAGUGGCGUGAAAUGAGAGUGUCCAGGGACAAUACCGUUGCUACACUUCAGCGGAGUGCAGACGAAAUGCAGAGAGUAAAAGGAUGGCUGAACGAGAUGGAAGCAAGCGAGAAAACAUUUCGAAAAGAGCUGCUGACUGUCAAAAAGCAGUUGGAAGACACAGCAGAGCUGAGCGCUCGACCCUCGCGAGAGCUAGAUGAUUAUAGCCUGUCAACCAUCCCACAAUUCUCCGCCCACACUCAUUCAGCAAGCAGUUCAACUUUACAGCAAUCACCUAAGAAGGUGACUGUACAGGCUGGCGAAAAACAAGGCUGGCUAUUUCUUCGAACCUACAGUGGCAAGCCUACAAGGACGAUUUGGAUUCGAAGAUGGGCAUUCAUCCGCAAUGGUGUCUUUGGUUGGCUUUUACAGAGCACCCGGGCUGGUGGCGUCGAUGAGAGUGAACGCAUUGGCGUCUUGCUCUGUAAUGUUCGGCCAGCUCCGAACGAAGAACGUCGUUUCUGCUUCGAACUCAAGACCAAUAAGAACACUAUCUUGUUACAAGCCGAGACUCAAGCAGAAUUGGUUGACUGGAUUGGAGCGUUCGAAGCUGCGAAAUCGAAGGCCGUCGAAGAUCCUGAUUCGACACAGAAUCUCAACGGCGGCGGAAAUGUACAAACUGGAGCGGCCUUUGCAAUCUCCGCACCUCCCAUCCCCGAAUUUGGGACAUAUAUAUUAGGUUCGACUGAGCCAGGUGCUGGUGGAGAUGAUCUUGCAGCUCUCGAGAAGACCAACACAUUGCCGCUUCCCGGAAUCGAUGGGCGAGAGACAAGUAUGGAUUUGCCUCGACGAUCCACUGCAAUGGAAGAAGGUGGUCACCGGGAAACUGCGUCACGCAUUAUCUCGAAACUUGAUCUCCAUCGGAAAAGUGCCGCUUCGCCUCAAGUGUCGGCAAGUCCGUCUACGCCGAACUUGGCUGCUGGAGGAGGCAUAGCAAGCCUGAUAGCAGCAAGCCACGGUUCAAUGCCUGUUGGACCCAGUAUUCCUAUGGUACACAAUCCGGAGAUAGAGUCGAAACCGCGAAAUCCAUUUAUAUUGGCGCUCCGAGAUAUGCCUGCGAGUACGUUGGCCCCUUCUACAUUAGCUGCAGUACCAUCACCUACAAAUUUCAGCAAAUCGGCUGUGAUUAUCACAGGGGAACGCGGACUCAGUCCCGCCCCAGAGAAGAGCGGCAUUCCGACAAGCCUACUAGCGAACAUGUGGGGGACGUCAAACACUGCUGUCAUUAAUCGACUCGAACGAAGCGAACCGAGAACGGGGUCUGAGGUGAAGCUUCCCUCCCAGCCGACACCCGUUCUUCAGUCGAGUUCUUCACCACCAAAGUCAUCUGCAUCUCCACCACGUCUUAUCCCACAGCAAGCCAUCGCGCACCUCGACCUGGGUAUUCCUCAAUCUACGACCCCGACUUCGACUAGAAGCCGUACCCCAUCACCAAGCAAGAGAGGUCACAGGAGUACAAUAAGUGUGGAUCGAGACACGUUCAGGUUGCUGAGGAGCGAGCUUCUCGUCCCUGAUUUCCCCAACUAUUACCCUCUUCAGCUCAAAUCUCAGGACGCGCAAUUUAGACUUCUCUUCCCCAAUGUGCGACGGGAUGAACGCCUUGUCAUGGUGUUCAGGGCUACGUGGAAUCCAAGUGAGCAACAGGAGUUUCCUGGUCGCGUCUAUGUCACUUCGAAAGAUUUAUACUUCUACAGCAAUCAUAUGGGUCUUACUUUGACUACCAGCCUGCCUCUUGCCUCGAUUGAAGAAGCAACGGCGGCCCCAGGCAGGGACUGUGAUUUCGUCUUUCUGCAUUUGAAGGAUGCAGGGACUGAUGGGGGACCCCGGAGAGUGACCAUGAAGACCUUCUUGGAGCCACUGAAAAUCCUUCAGCGACGACUAAACUAUUUGAUCAGGAACAGCGUAUCUGAAGAGCCUGCCGAGCUGGAAGAAGUCAUCAAGGCGCUCCUCAAACUUGAAACUGACGCACCAGAUCGAAGUCCAAGUCUGGAGAGUUGGGAGGACGUGUCACCGAAUACGCCCGUAGACACAGGCGGCACGAGUUAUCGUGGCCGUGCAUCUACUGUUGGUAAUGAAUUCCGGUCCCCCAUACGCGUUGACAGAGCUCUCCACGAGACACAGCUGGGGCGAAGAGAGUCCAAAUUCAAACUGCCUGCUCAGCCAGUCAAAUACGUCCCUCCCGGAGACCUUAAGCUUGCGGUUGAGAAAGAGUUUGACAUCAGCGCCAAAUCAUUGUUCCAUGUUAUGUUCGGAGACAAGAGUGCCCUAUGGCAAUUGUUACAACAUGAACGUAGAGCCAAAAAUCUCAAUCAGGGACCGUGGUUGAGUUUGGGUGAAGGCCGGCUGCGUCGAGAAUUUGCCUUCGAUAUUCCCACGACGAACUUCAUCGGUCAGGAAACCUGGUCAAACGUCAGAGACUAUCAGGUCGUCGAUGUCAACAGUGACCAUUUGUGCUAUGUGGUGACUGACAAGCGAACGCCAUGGCAUUUGCCUUUUCGGAGCAGGCACCGCCUCGUAAGCAAGAUUGUCAUCACCCACGUCGCCAAGGCAAGAUGUAAGCUUGCUGUGUUCAUCAGAGUCGAAUGGUUGAGCAACCCAUGGUUCCUGGGAGAUAUGAUACAACGACAAGCCAUGUCCGACUUGCAACUUGAUUCUCACGAUCUUGCAGAUCUUGUCGCCGACCAGGUGCGCAAACUUGGACCACAUAGUCGCACGAAGAAAGCCGUCCACAUUUUCGGCCAGGUGGGUCAUGCCACUGAGACUACGCAGUUGCUUGUCAAUGACUUGGCCCUGAAUAUCGAGCUCAGACGACAGACUGCCCCCAGGACGAUCACAAGCCUGUUGACGCAAUCUGCGAGAUCGGUCGCCCAAAGUGCGGCCGGAACGAUACUGGAAGCUUUCCUCGAUAUUUUGAGGUGGCUAGCGAAGACGUUCUCAGCUAACAAGUUCAUAUUGGCGGCUCUCGCCUUCAGCGCUCUCUACAAUAGCUGGCACACCUAUCGCGACACGAUGGGCUGGUGGCAUGAACGCCGUGCAACCAACUUCAUGGCUCGACUCGGCGUCGCUCCGGACGUCGUCAUGAGCCGGACUGUUUAUCUGAGUGAUCUGGAUGAGAUUUCGCGCGGUGAAGCGCAUUCGCCAUCGAGCGGGGACAGCGUCUGCUACAGCGUAUUCCACGACGAGCACGAUCCUGAGCACGCCCACGCGUCUGUCAGCGAGCCGGCAACUCUCCAGGUUUUGCAGGCCCGGCAGCGUUUAGGCACUUACAGACAUGACCUGGCCGUCGGGAUGCGCGUUGUCAAUGUGAUCGAGAAGGAACUCAUGCAAGCUGCGUGGGAGCAGUGGGUGGUCGCCGAGAACCGACGGUGCCGCGUCGUCGAGGGGCUAGUGCUGGAUGAUUCGAAGGGGAAUGCAACGGAUGUUGAUGAGGACGUGAGGAAGUGGUAUGACGAGUAUUGCGCGAGUUGUCGAGACGAAUAUGCAAAGAUACGUGUCUGAUUUUUGAGUUUGGCGGUUGGCAUUGUGAUAAGCGUUUCUUGUACGUUGAAGUUUGGCUGGCUUCCAGUCUCACACAAAAGCGCCACACAAGAGAUACCCUGGUGAGCGUUUAUUGAUAUCGUUGGUUCUGAUGACGUUGGAAUGAAGCUGGGUUGGUGGAAGGUUGGAGGGUGGUUGGGGGUCUGUAUGAUUGACCGAGGUAUACCGAAGGGUACCCUGUUGGAUUGGUACACUUUUAAAGCUUGUAUAGUACAUUAUUCAUACAGUCGC